AUGGCUGCGGGUGUAGCAGCAUGGCUGCCCUUUGCCAGAGCAGCUGCCAUAGGAUGGAUGCCAGUUGCCAACUGUCCGAUGCCACUGGCCCCAACGGAUAAAAACAAACGCCAGGAUGAGCUCAUCAUUCUUAAUGUGAGUGGUAGGCGCUUCCAGACCUGGAGGACUACCUUGGAGAGGUACCCUGACACUCUGCUUGGCAGCACAGAAAAAGAGUUCUUCUUUAACGAAGACACAAAGGAAUACUUUUUCGACCGGGACCCUGAUGUCUUUAGGUGUAUCUUAAAUUUUUACAGGACUGGAAAACUGCACUACCCAAGGUAUGAAUGCAUCUCAGCCUAUGAUGAGGAGCUUGCCUUUUAUGGGAUCCUACCCGAUAUCAUUGGGGACUGCUGCUAUGAAGAGUACAAAGACAGGAAACGGGAAAAUGCUGAGCGGUUGAUGGAUGACAGUGACUCCGAAAAUAAGCAAGAGUCUAUGCCAGCUCUGAGUUUCCGGCAGACCAUGUGGCGAGCCUUUGAGAACCCCCAUACCAGCACCUUAGCCUUAGUCUUUUACUAUGUCACCGGCUUCUUUAUUGCUGUCUCUGUGAUCACCAAUGUGGUGGAGACUGUACCAUGUGGAACAAUCCCUGGCAAUAAGGAACUGCCAUGUGGAGAAAGGUACGAAAUGGCUUUUUUCUGCUUGGACACAGCUUGCGUUAUGAUUUUUACAGUUGAAUACCUUAUGCGACUCUUUGCGGCUCCCAGUCGCUACAGGUUCAUCAGGAGUGUCAUGAGCAUCAUCGAUGUGGUGGCCAUCAUGCCGUACUACAUUGGCUUGGUGAUGACAGACAACGAAGAUGUCAGUGGAGCCUUUGUGACUCUGAGGGUUUUCAGGGUGUUCCGGAUUUUCAAGUUCUCCCGUCAUUCCCAAGGCUUGCGAAUCCUGGGGUACACACUGAAGAGCUGUGCCUCAGAGCUUGGUUUUCUUCUAUUUUCUCUCACUAUGGCAAUCAUCAUCUUUGCUACUGUGAUGUUUUAUGCAGAGAAAGGAUCUUCAGCCAGCAAGUUCACCAGCAUCCCAGCUUCUUUUUGGUACACUAUUGUCACCAUGACAACUCUUGGGUAA